AUGAAACAACAGGCUCUAGCCCUGUCCACGGCCAUCUGCUGUGGCCGGCGACAUGUGUUGAAAUGUACGACGAGCCAGAAUCGCUUGAAGUCUACUGCGACGAGUACUAAGGAAUCCGGGGACAAAUCAGCUAAUGCAGAGGACGUUGCGAGGAAGAAAGAAGCGUUCGACAAGCUGAAGAAGACACACAAGAGUAUGGCCGACGCCGAUGAGGAGAUGCGACAAGCUAUGGAGAAUCUAGCAGGAGAUGGGGGAGAAGCUGGACUCGAGCUCGAGGACGGCAAACCUGUUUCCAUGAAGAGGGGUGUGCGAGAGAACAUGUUCAGAUAUAUCUGA